GUCUUCAAGUUGUGUUGUAAUAGCACUUAUGAUGAAGUACUGGCUGUGACGAUAACGUCAAAUAUACACUCUCCUAGCAACUGUCAAUUGUGUCAACCAUCAAACAACGCGCAUUGCAUUGGAGCUUGAAAACAAGGACACUUGAGAAAUCGUCCGCGCAUCGCGUCCCACGUACAUAAAUAUAGAGGCUCAGAAUCGACUGUCGAGAUAGCACCGCGCAACUCUGUUCAACUUGAAGCCUAUAUACACGACAGCGUACUUACGACCAGCAAAUCAUGGCCGAAGUCAACGAGGGCCUCGACGUCGUCGCACCGCCAGGCUACACCAUAGGUACGAAUGACAUAUGCUGCGCAACAUCGGCUCUGACAACAUCGAUCUCAGGCGAAAUCGAGAUACCAAGUGAACCACUCGCAACCCUAUCGUUCGACGGCAUCGAGACGGAUCCAAUAUUAAUGAACGGGGCCCACUCAUGCUCGAUCCACGAAGCCCACUCAGCAGACCCAUCCAACGAGGCCUGCGCAUGCCCGCGUCGCGGAACUUACUACGUCCAGGACCCAUUCCGGGAUUCCGACUCGGACAGUGUAGAGGAAACGCCCACGAUCGAGUUCUCGCAGCGCGAGGACGUCGCAGCUAGGCUCUUCGGACGCCAUGCUCGCGUUUUCCGCGUCGCCUUCUCCGCACUUCUAUACCUGAUAUCGUGCGUUGCGUAUACGACGAUGACCACCUUCAUCGGUUGGAGUACCAUGACGGUCGGGCUGGAUAGGUCCUCCGCGUACGCCUUCGAGAAUAUCUCCUCCGCGGCGACAGUCGGCACCAUGAUCCUCGUGGCCAUGUCAUCCUGCGUCUGGACGAUCGCAAGGCGACUCAUGGAGGAGAGCCAGAGGCUGCAGGAUCACGGAAUCGAUCCUUUUGGAAGAAAGGUGCCGAGGUGGUGGAGGGAGCCGCGGACCGGGACACUCCUUCCUGCGCCGCCUCAGCAAAUCCAGCGUCGUGAUUGGGCGCAAUACCCCGCGCAUCCAGUCUAUAUGGCGUUGGCAUUCUUGCUGAGCGGCUUGUAUGGUCCUGCAUUGGGCCUGUCGCUGCUGUACGGAGGACGGAACGCGCCAGAGGGGAUGCCGACUACGACGGACGCGCUGGCGUGGGGCGCAUUCGGAAUGGCAUUCAGUCUCGCGCUGUUCAUUAUGAUGGCCAUGAUGACGACGGCUUUGAGCAUCCUUAGGCAGAAGAUUCGGUACCGGGUGUAGGGAGAUGUAGGAGGCAGUGGGAGUCUGCAGGUAGUUUGGUUGAAUGUGCGCCUGGAGUGACAGAAAGCAGGGGCGGACUUACGUUUUGGAAUACAUGUUGUCAACAUUUGCGUACUCAAAGGAUCAGUGUUGGUGAAGCCCUCUGCGCGACUGGCCUCCAGGUCGUCGAACACGCCAGUGUUCGCCAUAUCUACUGUAAGCUUGAGACGCGCGUAAGCCAGCAGAAGCCUCCCAGUACCGGGCACAAGGAGACAAGAGUGAGAUUUGGUAGAGUGGUCGAUAUGUUGUACGCUUGAAUUGGCGGCGGCGAACUGCAUGCUCGUGGCGUGACGGUAUGUAAGUAGGGGGACCGGGGCCCCGAGGGAUG